GGUGCAUUGGGCGGCGGGGGCGUCUGAGCGAGUCUCAGUCUUUUUCCUUGUUGUUCGCUGCAACACUCACUGAUGCCUGCUGGCUCACUGCCGCAGUACCACCCGCUGCUGCUCAAAGGGGCCGCAGGGACGCCCAUGGCCCGCUCGCGCCCUCCAGGCAGUGGCAGAGCGCGGUGCCCGCCGUGGCUGCUCGCCGUGCCGCUUCUGUUCAUCCUGUUUGGCCUCGGCUUGCCGAUGCUCAUCCUGUCCCGACGCGACUAUCCCGACCACGAUCUGACGGGAUUCACAUUCGAGCCGCGGCGGCCGAACGCAGCCAUCCAGGACAAGCGAAACCCAGCCAUUGCACCACUGGGGAGCCUCAUGGACGACGCGAAACGCGCCAACGCGGUUCUGCACGCAGUCACUGCAGCUGCGCAGUCUGCUCAGGCUGCCCAUGCCGACGCGUCGACGCUUGCCCAAGCUAGCGAUGCAAACGCCGAGGCUGGCGAGGACGAGCUCGAGCUCGACGGGUGGAGUCAACGGAUUCUCAAGCGCAUGUCGGCGUCGUCCCGCGAGCUGUACAAGAAGCUCCGUUUCGGGCUGCUGGGCGGCGCCGAAUCCGUCGAAGGGCUGGGCUUUGAUGUCUCGCAUUCGCAGUGGUGGGAGAGCAAGCGCCCAGACCUGGUCCCGGCGCCGCUCUUGCUCACCGCGCAACCGGACGAUUCCGUGCUUAUGGCGCGCGCUCGAUUCGCGCUCAACCAGCUCGUGUCUGUGCAAUGGCCGCGUUUAUUCGUUGCCGGACUGCCUACGUUUCCCCGCGUGUUUGCUCGCGAUGGCCUGAUGUCAGCCUUCCUGCUGGACGAUGCAGAGUUGCUUCGCGACAUGCUGCUCUUUGCAGCGAUGCAUCAAGGCCAGCAAGCAAACUCUGUGACCGGCGAAGAGCCUGGCAAGAUCUUUCACGAACUGCCAGGCGUGUCCAUCAACUCGCAUCACACAGACUUUGCGGCAUGCGACACGACUCCAUUGUUUCUGAUUGCUGUGGCGCGGUUUGCACAUCUGACGCUCAUCCCGCCAACGGGCCUCUCCAAACAGCUGCAGGACGAGCGCGUUGCCCUCCUGCAGACGCUUGUGCGGCACGUGAAUGAGCAGCAUAACGUGGAGGCGUCCAUGGCGCCUGCAGCGCUCCUGCGGCUCGAGCGCAUCCGGAGGCAACUGCACGCCUCGCCCGACGAACCCAAGCCAAUGCUCAUGACGCCGGAGGCCCUCGCAGUGUUUGUGCAGCUGUGGCCCGCAGUGCUCCGAGCGGUCACUUACAUUCACCGGCACGUUAUUGCGGACGGCUUGUUUGUGGACGACCCGCGAUUCGCCCAGAGCAGCCGCUUUGCGCUCAAGGUGACCUACUGGAAGGACUCGGUCGUCAUGGGUCGCCCCAACGGCCAACCGAGCUAUCCCGUCGUGUACACCUUGGCGCAUGCCCAAGCCCUGUGUGCCGUUCGAAGCACUGUGGCCAUUGUCAACUUUGUGCGUGAGCUCAAAGCGGUCGCCAAGGAACAGGCGGCACAAGCCACCCAACAGGGCGAACCCCUUGAAUCCGCGACAUUGGGCUCGCUCUCUGCAGCGUUGCUUGAAAUUGACGACACUGCGCUUCGAUGGAUGGAAGGCACGUUGCAGGGUCUCAGCACACGCAUGCGCCAAGCCCUGCCACUGCUCUGGGAUGGCGAUCACGGUCGCUUUCACGUGGGCAAAGACAGCCGAGGUCUGCUCUCUGGCGACGGCACAGAUGGCAUCCAUGCCACCUACUACUUGCAGCCGGACGACCUGAAGCCCUCCCAGUGGGAAAGCAUGAUGCACAGCGCCACCAAGUCGCUGGCCACCCCGUUUGGCUUUCGCUCCAUGUCUGCCGCGGACGACUUGAAGGUGCCUCUGAAGGAGCGAUACCACACUGGAUCUGUCUGGCUGUUUGAGCAAGCGUUCAUUCAUGCCGCAGCAACUUGCACUUUCCGGGACAGCCAACAGUAUCUUGGCGCGUUUGACAGGCCCCUCCAAGCAGACGAGCUUGCCCAGCUUUUGAACAAACCCGAGCACGCUCGAGAGGCCCGUCUGCUUCAGCUGGAUGAUCGCUCCAACGACGAUAACGCCAGACAAGAAGCCCCGGGCUUGACGCUGGAAGAAGACACUGCUGUUCAUGCGGCGGCCUCCGCGGUCUCGGAGGCUGCAAGAAAGGGUUUGACAAUUCUGGAGAAAUUGGAGACCUUCCCAGAACGCGUCGAUGCGCCAGAACCAAACGCGGAUGCUGGGGCGCGGGCGGUACCCUUGGGCACACAUACGCAGUUGUGGACAAUCGCUGCUGGCGUCUAUUACGAUCGGUACCUCGCUGAGGAGCGCGCUUUGACCGAACUGCAGAAGCGACUCCAGCUGGAUGCAGUACUGCAUGCUCCGUGUUCCACGGUGACGGCCGGUCAACUCUCGUCUCUUGGGCUUGAUAUCAACGCUGCACGCUCUGUCAUGCUCGAUCAGGUGUGAUUGGGUGGGGUGGGAGUCUUUCUGCGGCCUUUCGUUGAGUUAUUGUUGUAUUUCUGGAAUGAACUGUUUUUGAAGCAAA